AGCUGCACUCCAGCUGCUGGUACCCUGUCCUCAGGUGUGACACUGGCCGGAAGUUUGGACCUGCUUAUUGAACUAGAAAUUCUAAGAAGUUUGACAAGCUGUAUUUCCAAGAGCCUUGCAGGUGAUUCUGAUGUGUGCUGAUACUUGAGAGCCAUCGAUAUAGAAGCACAAGUUCUGCUCCAGGGCUGCGAAGUGGACCUGCAAGAAGCAGAGCACAAAAAGGGAGACAGACAGAAGCAAAUUUUUCCCAAAGAUUAAGAAGGAUCUACUGGGUUCUGAGGCUAAAAUAUGAACCUUCCGUCCACCUGGGAUUCCCGACUUCCACCUGAGCCUAUGAACAAGAUGCCUGCACCUGUUUUCUCAUUAAAAUUGAAGACCUCGCCAGAGUCCAAUAUGUCCUAAUCAAUUUCCUGUACUAUCCUGGAAAGUCUUGUGGAGCUUCUAAGCACUCAACAGCUGUCAAAUCUCAUCUUCAUGCAGACUAUGAGCUGCGAUCAACAGAUAUGGAAAAGAAAACUAAAUAGAACAUCAUGGCAAGUCUAGACUGGGGAUAUGAUGGCCCAAAUGGUCCUGAUCAAUGGAGCAAGCUGUAUCCCAUUGCCAAUGGAAAUAACCAGUCUCCCAUUGACAUUAAAACUAGUGAGGCCAAACAUGACACCUCUCUAAAGCCCAUCAGUGUCUCUUACAAUCCAGCUGGUGCCAAAGAAAUCGUCAACGUGGGACAUUCCUUCCAUGUGAAUUUUGAGGAUGAUAAAUCAGUGCUGAAAGGUGGCCCCUUCUCUGACAGCUACAGGCUCUGUCAGUUCCAUUUUCACUGGGGCAGUACAGAUGCAUACGGUUCUGAGCACCUGGUGGAUGGAGCCAAGUAUUCUGCAGAGCUUCACAUAGUCCACUGGAAUUCGGCGAAGUACUCCAGUGUGGCCGAAGCCAUCUCAAAGCCUGAUGGUGUAGCAAUUAUUGGUGUCUUGGUGAAGGUUGGUCAGGCCAACUCAAAGCUGCAGAAAGUACUUGAUGCCCUAAGUGAAGUUAAAACUAAGGGCAAACGGGCCCCAUUCACAGAUUUUGACCCCUCCAUUCUCCUUCCCUCAUCCCUGGAUUACUGGACCUAUUUUGGCUCUCUGACUCAUCCUCCCCUCCAUGAAAGUGUGACCUGGAUCAUCUGUAAAGAGACCAUCAGUGUCAGCUCAGAACAGCUGGCACAGUUCCGCAGUCUUCUAUCCAGUGCCGAAGGUGACAAAGCUGUCCCCAUACAGCACAACAACCGACCACCACAGCCAGUGAAGGGUAGAGUGGUGAAAGCCUCAUUCUGAUGGGGCCAAGAAGGAGCUCAUCUCAAGAACCCAGCCGUGCUUCCAACAUAACGCAGAUGAUCAUUUUUAAGAAACAAACAUUUCAAUACUAGCAAGAGAGCAUACUUAUACAUUUAUCCUAGAGAAUUAGAGAAACAUCAAGUUUAGUUCUCAGUGCAUAACUCAAAUCAUCCUUAAGCUUGCAAAUACUGAUCUAUAAGCAUAAGUUUAUGAUAAAUUCAACUUUAUUUUAUGGAAUUUUUUAUAAUCACAGCUAAGUGAUUUGUC